AUGCCACAUCUCGCGCACUUUGAAAAGGCCUCCGAGCAACUCAACCACGACCGCCACCACUUCAAUCCCUACAUCCCCAACCACAACUGCCCCUAUAUCCUCACCCCGCCCUCGCCCCAAUCCACACAUUCACACACCGAUAAACAGCCCGACAAAGACCUCCCACCCACGCCACUCCUCGACUCCAAGCACAUCUCCGAGACCCGACGAUACUGGCUCCACCUCAAGUUCAAGGCAAGACUUUCAAGACCCCGACUGGACCUCAAAGCCAAGCUCUCUAGGAACACCCUCAAGGUCAAGGAUCUCCUGCCCUCAAAAUGGCUCGGUCCCCGCACCUUUCCCGACCUCUGGAUGCGCGUCUGCAAGCUGUGGACUAUCGUUGCGCUCGGAGCUUUGAUCAUGCCCCUCGUCGUAUGGAUCAUGAUCUUUAUCGAGAACACCAAGACCUUUGCAGACACCAUGGACCACUAUCUGGGUAACGACCAGUCCCGGUAUGAUCAAAUUGAUGGCGAUUCCGAGGCAGGAUAUGUCGGCAACACCAAUAUCCCCAAGCAUCUCGGAGGCGUCAUCUUUGCCGCCGGCUUGGACGUUGCCAUGUGGCUCAUCAUUUUGAUCUCUGCUUGUGCCGAUCUCUUCUGGAGAUUCCCCAUCGCAAAGCAAUUUAUCGACGCUUUCUACGCCAACGGUCUAUACGACGAAAAAGGUCUCGUCGAAAUCGAGUUCUUCUUCCUCGUCGCAAAUGCAUUCCUCAAAUUAUUCAUCGUCGUCGCCACCGGCUCCCAAACAUACACCGGCCUCUACCCCGACAACAACCAAGUCGACACGCCGCUUUUCUGUCUUUAUGCUGUCAUGAUUCUGCUUUGCAGUAUCCCGUUUACUCUUAUCGCGCUGUUUUAUAUCUUGCAUGGUAUCAAGAGGAAAGAGUACGCCGCGUCCGCCGCUUAA